AUGACCGAGCACCUCUGCACCUCCCAUGCAAGCAGUUGGGCAGACUCUCGAUACUGCUCCCCGUCUGCUGGCGUCAAGUUCACGGACAUCCCGAACGGCUUGGCGGCGCUGAGCAAGGUCCCAGGGGCAGGCUGGACACAGAUCUUGCUCUUCCUAGGCCUCGUUGAGAAGGGCCUUUACACCUACGAUCCCACCCGCGAGCCGGGCAACUACGCCAAUGCGGGCGUCCUUGGCGUGCCCAACGGCAGCACCAUGGUAGAAGGCGAAGGCCGCAACCGGAAGUUGAACUCCGAGUUGGCGAACGGCCGGUUGGCCAUGAUGGCCAUCAUUGGGAUGUUCUUCCAGGACGGCUUGACGGGUAGUGCCUGGGGUGAUUGGGCAGCCUACACCGAUUCGCCACUUCGUGCCUUUGAGAAUGAGCUGGGUGUUCAGGCCCCUGUGGGCUACUUCGACCCCCUGGGCAUGUCCAAGGAUGGCGAUGAGAAGACGUUCCGUCGCCGCCGCGAGUCCGAGCUGAAGAACGGACGUGUGGCGAUGUUUGCGGCAAUGGGAUUCAUCACACCGGAGUAUUUCCGCUUCCCGGGUUUCCUCUCGCCGACAAAAGGUUUGAAAUUCGAUGACGUGCCAAACGGCCUGGCUGCUUUGUCCAAG